CUUGCUCUUCUACAAGUGCUCAUCCUCGGCCAUCUCGCUCAUCUCCAGCUGCUGACCAAAAUGCAUGGUUCUUGGUUGUUCGUCGCUGCAUCAGCUUUGGUGCUGGCGUCUGCACAAGAUUGUCCCAAUUAUGUGGACUACUACAGGCAAUCUCACGAGCCCCUCAGUUCUGGACAGUACAAGCUUGCAUAUCAGCGGGCAACACUGUCAUGCCGGACGUUCAACUCAUCGGACGUGGAAGACACGCUCACACGUAUGGAAUCUGUGAUCAAAGACCCAGAUCUGUACCGGCUAUUCCAGAACUCGUACCCCAACACUCUCGAUACUGCCAUCAAAUGGAGGGGCGUGGCUGACGACAAUCCGAAUGAAGAGCUCACGUUUGUCAUAACUGGAGACAUUAAUGCUAUGUGGCUGCGAGACUCGUCCAACCAGAUGCAGAGCUACCUUCCACUCCUUCAAGCCACCAGCGAUCGAGAUUCGAUUGCAAGCUUAUAUAGAGGGGUGAUAAACUUGCAAGCUCGCUAUCUGCUGACCUCUCCAUAUUGCAACUCCUUCCAGCCCCCGGUCGAGAGCAAGAUCCCACCCGCGGUCAACGACGCAGCGGACCGUGACGUUGUGUUCCCGGGAUACGAUGAGUCAAAGGUAUUCGAGUGCAAGUACGAACUCGACUCGCUUGCAGCGUUCCUGGAAGUGUCUGAAAACUACUACAAGGCGACCGAGGACAUCUCCUUCUUUGGCAGCUUCAAAUGGGUACAAGCCAUUGAAGCAAUCCUUAAGGUUGCAGAAGAUCAAAUGACACCGACAUAUGGACCCGAUGGUGCAGUUCUGGCGCAGCCUUUCACAUUCGUCCGCUACACCACACGAGCCACCGAGACACUCGCAAACGACGGUAUCGGAAACCCUGUGGCUAAUGGCACGGGUCUGGUCCGUAGUGCCUUCCGUCCCAGCGACGAUUCUACCAUCUUCCAGCUGUUCAUUCCUGCCAACAUGAUGUUUAGCGCGUACUUGUCCUCAACCGCCGACAUCAUGUCUAAAUUGAACACAAGCAAUUCGGGUGCUCUCGCGGAGAGAAUGAAGUCUCUCUCCCAGUCCAUUCCGGAUGCCAUUGAGACGCACGGAACUGUGACCCAUCCCGACUAUGGCCAAGUCUACGCUUUCGAAGUCGAUGGCUUUGGAGGUCAGACUAUCAUGGACGACGCCAACAUCCCCUCUCUCCUUUCGGCCCCCUUCAACACAUAUAACGUGAAUCCCGAAACCUACAGAAAUACUCGUGCCCUCGUCCUCGGCGCAACAAACCCGUACUUUAUGCGCGGGCCCGUCAUCAACUCUGUGGGCGGACCGCACCAAGGGCCCGGGAAGGCAUGGCCAAUGGCGUCCAUCGUGCGCAUUCUUACCUCCGACAAUGACGACGAAAUCGUCGCUGAAUUGCGCGAAAUCGUGUCUAGCACGGCCGGACUAGGACUCAUUCACGAAAGCAUCAACAGCUUCAACGCAACCGACUAUACACGGCCAUGGUUCUCGUGGGCGAAUGGCUUGUUCGGGCAAAUGAUUCUGGAUCUCGAGCAGCGCAAGCCUGAGCUGCUGGCGACGAGCUUCCAAUAG